AUGUCUUCUUCUUCUUCCGUCGGAAUCUCUCUCUCCUUCCUUUUCUUGGCUCUGCUAACGUCACCGUCUGUCUCACAAACAUGCAAGUCACAGACAUUCUCCGGCGACAAAACAUACCCUUACUGCCUCGACCUCUCUGAGCUCAAAGCCUUCCUCCACUACUCCUACGACGCCGCCAACACAACCCUCGCCGUCGUCUUCUCUGCUCCGCCGUCAAAGCCUGGCGGAUGGAUCGCUUGGGCUAUAAACCCAAAGUCCACCGGUAUGGUCGGAGCUCAAACCUUAGUCGCUUACAAGGAUCCAAGUAACGGUUUAGCCGUCGUGAAGACGCUAAACAUCAGCUCCUACAGCACGCUUAUUCCGUCGAAGCUGGCGUUUGACGUUUGGGACAUGAAAGCAGAGGAAGCGUCGAGAGACGGAGGGACGUUAAGAAUCUUUGCGAGGAUUAAAGUUCCGGCUGAUUUGGCGGCGAUGGGAAAGGUGAAUCAGGUGUGGCAAGUCGGUCCUCAAGUGAGUCCCGACGGAAUGAUAGGGAAGCACGAUUUCGAUCCGCCGAAUCUCGUUUCUAAGGGCCCACUCGAUUUAAACGGCGGCGUAAUCUCCGGCGGCGGCGAUGGAGAGGGAGAUUCCAAAAUCAAGAAGAGAAAUAUUCAUGGGAUAUUAAAUGCUGUGAGCUGGGGAAUUUUGUUUCCGGUAGGUGCAAUAAUAGCGAGGUACGUGAGAGUAUUUGAAUCCGCAGAUCCUGCCUGGUUUUACCUCCACGUGUCUUGUCAGUUGUCUGCUUACGCCAUCGGCGUUGCCGGUUGGGCCACCGGACUCAAGCUCGGCCGCGAGUCUGAGGGUAUUCGCUUCGCCAGCCACGGUAACAUCGGCAUUGCCCUCUUCUCCCUCGCCACCAUUCAGAUGUUUGCGUUGUUGUUGAGACCAAAGAAAGACCACAAGUACAGAUUCUAUUGGAAUAUCUACCAUCAUGGAGUCGGCUAUUCGAUCCUAAUCCUUGGGAUCAUUAAUGUCUUUAAAGGUCUCCGCAUCUUGAAGCCACAAGACACAUACAAGCAUGCUUACAUUGGUGUGAUCGCGAGCCUUGGAGGCUUAGCAUUGCUCUUAGAAGCUGUUACUUGGGUCAUUGUGCUCAAGAGAAAAUCGAAGAAUUCAAUUGGGACCUGA